GUAAUGCACCGUUUCGCUGUUUGCCAACAGCCAUGGGAGGCGGAAGAAGAAGAAGAAGAAGAAGAAGCGGAAGUUUACGAGGAAGCUGAAAUGUCUCACGUUAAGGAGUAUUUGGACAAAGUGACGCGUAUUUAUGAACGCUACACCGAGUAUGUGAGGAGAAACCCAGCUGCCACCGCGCAGCUGGAGAGUACCGUGCGGACUCUCUCUUACCUGCUCGCAGGGAGAUUUACAGAUUCCCAUGAAAUAUCUGAACUAGUGUACUCUGCCUCCAAUCUCCUGGUGCUAUUCAAUGACCACAUUCUGCGCAAAGGGCUGAGAUGUACCUUUCCUGUGUCCAUCUCUCAACAGAGGCUCCUGACUUGGCUGUCUGUGCUGGAGUAUGUGGAGGUCUUCCUGGAGAUGGGGGCCUGUAAGCUGUGGGGUGAAGUUGGACGAUGGCUUGUCAUCGGACUUAUUCAGAUUUUUAAGGCAGUUUUUCGGAUUGUGCUUCUUCUGUGGUACAAAUCUGGCAUCCAGACUUCACCUCCCAUAAUCCCCCUUGACAGAGGUGGAGACUUUGCUGGUGAAGAUGAAAGUAACACAGAGCAGCAGGAAGACACCUGCUUUGUGGGCCAGAGGUCAGGACGAGUCAUUAGGCCGCUCGGCAGUGCUCCCUCGCUGCACACCCGGCUCUGGGGAGCACCGAGUCAAAAAAAGCAAAGGAGCAGCUUAAAGGAAACACUCAACAGCCAACCAACACCUUUGGGGCUCCAAGAGACAAUUGCUGAGUCUGUGUACAUCGGACGGCCCCUGGCACACCUACUCUGCCUUGGACUCUUUGGAAAACAGUCUUGGAAGCCAUGGCUCAUCUCUGGAGUCCUUGAACUAUCCAGCUUCGCUGUGCUCAGUGACAUCAAAUUUCAAAAUCGAUGGGAGAGGGCCGAGAUGAGGAGGAGAGCCUUUCUGUUGUUCUACUACCUUCUGCGUUCCCCCUUCUAUGACAAAUACUCGGAGGAAAAGAUUCUGUUCCUGCUCAGACUUUUGGCUGAUCAUGUUCCAGGAGUCGGGCUUGUGGCACGUCCCCUGAUGGAUUAUCUCCCCACCUGGCAGAAGAUCUACUUCUACAACUGGGGCUAAAACCUGCACUCAGUUCUUUGACGUUUGCUAAUCAGCUGGAGAAACUGCACAAAAGAACCAUCAGUUGCCAGGAUGGAACAGAGACAGAGACUCUUGCAAUAAUUCCUCAGAAAUCAGAUAAAAUGAUUGGAAAUGACUGGCCUGCAGUGAGGGACAUUUCAAAAAUCGAAUUAUUACAGUCAUUAUAAUUAAAAUCCCAGCGCUCAGCAAGUUUUUCGGUACACAAAGUAUGUGUCCCAAAUCUUUGCAGUGUAGACACACUGAGUCUGUGAUUUAUAGCAGAAUCUCUUUGUGAACUCCGCCCAUCAUUGCACUGCUUUAUCUGUCAAUAACAGAUGAUCUAUUUCAGCAGCUCGCUGCAGAGAGGACUUGGAAGGUGGACCCAUGUAAAUACAGUGAGCCUACACGUUAAAGCAAACCAUGUCUUCAUAAUACAUGAACUGUGGCCCACACAAUUGCUCUCAUUUGCUAACAGUCUGCAUGCACAAAUAUAAUUUGUUAUUAUUGUUCUUGCCUUUUGGUAAUUUAUAGAUUUCCAAAUGCUCAAAAUUACAGUUAAGUAACCGACUGACAGGUUAGUCUGAGGUUAGCUGCUUUUUUUUUUCCUGUUUCUUGUGGUCUUUUUUUUUUUUUUUCAAAUCAAUGUUAAAAUCCCAAAUCUCAAUUAUUCCAGCUUUUUUUUUUUUUUUUAACCUUUUAGAUUUAAAAACAAACACUGAAGAAACACUUUGGAAGAGUUUCCGUUCUGUCUGCCUUGGUAGAAACCCACAGAUGAUAAAUUCAGGUUUUUCUUUUUGUGAAAAGCAAAAAAAAAGUCGACCCUGUUGUAAUUAGGUGAAAUGUGGAUGAUUAAUUAGAUGGAUAGAUAUCAGUUGAACAGUGAUGAAAUUUGAUUAUAACAUUUGAAUCAAACUGUGUGAUUAAUAGUAACAGUCAGCUAACAAACACUUACGCUAAGGAUAAGCUGAAGCAACAGUAAGUUAUAAGGCUCAGAGCUUGUAAUACACCAGCAUAAACCUUGCAUUGAACAACAGACCUCUGUUCUGGUCAUUCUUCAGAUUUUCCACAAACAGAAUGGAGGGGCUUCAUAUUAAAAGAUAUCCACAGUAUAGUAAUCAUGUUCCCACCAAACAAUAACCUCCAGGGCUGGAAGGUGAGAGCUAAAUCACUUAUACCAAAACCAGUUCAGUUUAAUUCAGGUUUAUUUAUAUAGCACCAAUUCACCUGAAACAACUCACCUGAGAGUGUUUGAUACUGAAGCUGAAGAACCUACAAUGUUAGAAAGUUCAAUCACACAGCUCCCUAUGAGCAAGCGUUGGGUGAGGAAGGAAGUACUCAGUUUUAACAGGAAGACACCAACCAGUCCAAACUGCGUGUUUACAGCCUGCUGCAGCACAGUUUGAGUUGCCUGACUGAAAUAUUUCAAAGACUGACUUCAAUUUCUUUGCAUUAAAAUCUGUGGGGCGUCCCCACCGAUGUCACAAUAGCUCCUUAAUAGGUCCAUGGAUUUCCAGUAGCAAAAGUGAUGAUUUUUUUUCCCCACUUUUGGAUCAUUUUCAUGUAGAAGAAAAAGUCUGCUUUUAUAUAAAAAUGUGUGAAUGUUGCACAGAGUAAAAUCUAGUAUGACAGCAACCACAAGUUUAGCUUUGGGUCUUUGUGAGAAAGUUGACGUCAGUGAAAACAAAGCAGAGGUUUUUGAUCUUUAUUAACUGUUUCUUUUUGUAACCUACAAAUAAAUAGUUUUGAAUGUUUCAUCCUUUCGCCCCACAUUUUUACCAUGGGAAGGGCACACACACGGGGGGGUGAUCAAAAUUACACUUUGAUGCAUGAGAGAGAAAAAAAGAAAAGAACUACUUUUGAAUUUUAUCCAAUUUCCAAAACUUGUUGAAUGUAAAGUCUGCCCUGAACACACGAGACAAGAUGGGAUACGAACAAGCGUGCUGAAUUUUCACAGUUCGAGUUCACUGUAUUUAACUGCAUUGUACAUGGCAGUGAAAUUUAGAGAAUUAUUUGCCUCGAGCUAAAUACUAUUGUAUUCACAUUGUUAAUGCGAGGAUCGUUUUUCCAUUUAAAACUGAAUAUGUGAACUUAAAAGAUACAGGCUUUCCCAAAAGAAAAAAAAAAAAGAGCACCGAUCAAGGCGGACUUCAGAUUCAACAAGCAAAAACAAGUGAAACACAGCUGAAGGUUGCAGAGUGGAGAUGCAUAGUCAAUACAGUAUUAUAGUUUUGAGCUGGGACAGCAUAUUCUGUCUGCAGUGCUUAUUGGAGUUGGAUUUAACCCUCCCUAAUUCCCAGUAUUGGAAGCUGGAAGUUUGUUAUAGGGAAUGAUGACUUUACUGCUGCACCAUCUGUUUCAAACACAGCAUGUAACCGUAGCAACUUGCACAUCAAAAAUGUGAUUCUUCCACGUUUCACGCAGACAGAAAUGCAUAAUUCCAAACUCAAAGAGUUGAAAAUCAGUCAGUGCUUUAUGGAAAAGAAGAAAAACAGUGGACAAGUGCCACUGUAAGUGAGCAGCACUGAGUUUGGGAUUGUUGUUCAAAUAACACUAAAAUAUAUACUGCCUCUUUUUUAAAUGUCACAAUAAAACAAAAACUAGCAUGACAUAUUUGAUUAUAUGAAUGGAAAUAACUUCUGCAAAGGAAUAAAAUAUAGCAGAAUGAACUCUGACAUCAUUUUGAAAAUCUAAGACCAAAGUACUCCAAACAGUAAA